UGCGGUAUAAAAGGCGGUGCCCUGGGCAUGGUGGUUUCCGUUUUUUUACACGUGUAAAAAUGUCUGCUCCAGAUGGUGUUGGUUCUUUGAAGAAACGCGCAAGAAGAGAGGGUUUUCGGUACCAAAUGGAGCUGAAUUUUGGCCAAAAGGAAGACAAGGAUCAUUUUCUAGCUAGGCUUGAUCGAGUUAAGGGGUCUUUAGCUACUAAAAGGAGACGGCCUGUUGACAACAUGGAACUGCUGUCUCACUUGCUCGAUCUAGCUGAAAAGGAGGAAUCUGAAGUUCAGUCACAGGAUACAAGUAGUUCUUCUGCUAUGCUGAAUACCUCAGGUAUAUACGCUGGUGAUGGGGAUGAAGAGCAGCCAUUGUUUGUGUGUGAAGUAUCUGCUUUUGAGGAUUUGGUUUUGGGAAUGACUCGUUGGUGUACGUGUGGCAUGGUCAAUCGAAAGAUGAUCAGUUAUAGACAGUCCGGUCACGUGAUUCGUGCUGAAUUUCAAUGUCAGUCAUGCAAUCGAAAGGAAUGGUGGGCCAGCUCAAGUUUAUUAGGCAGUAGAUACCUAAUUAAUCAGAAGCUCAUACAUGCGUUUACUUGUGCUGGAAUGCUCCCAUCACAAUACUACCAUUUCUGUAGAUUGGCAUCUCUUGGUACAGUUGGUAAGAGGUACACUGAUUCAGUAUAUAAUUCAAAGGGGUAUGUAGCUGCUAUUGAAAGUUGUGCUGAAGCAUCAAUGACGAAGGCAAUUGAUGAAAUAAAGGCAACCUCAGAAUAUGAGACUGAUGGAGAGUGGGUCAUCACUGAUGCUAGGCAUGACUCAACAGCCAAUGCCUACCAUACAACUGUCCCGUGUCUUUCUGGAAGUAUCCACAAGAUUGUUGGCUGUGUGACACUUUCCAGAAAAGAACACACCUGUGCACAGACGAGGGAGCUUGCCUGUACUAAGGAAGUAUUGCCAUUAGUAAUGUCAAAAGGAUUGAAUGUUACGGAGGUAGCUCAUGACAAUUCACCAUCUGUGACGUCAUAUAUUGUUGAGGAGUUACAACUGAAAAACUCUUAUGACACAUGGCAUGGGACUAAAAAUGUAGCAAAAGCAAUGACAUCUAUAGCAACAGGGACAAAGAAAAGGGCAGGUAUAACUUGGUAUCCAGAACUGUCAGAUAAGAGAAAGAGUACGAAGACACACCUGUACUACAGUAUGAAGAACUGUAAUAAGUCUCCAGAGAAUCUACGAGACUCGAUCACAAAUAUUGUUGAUCAUUAUCGAGGUAAACACUCCAACUGUAAUCAGUCCUCCAGCUGUAGACGUCCUGGGUAUGCACCAUCAAAGAAGCUUAUAACUGACCCCAAUGCAGUGGAAGCAUACACUAGGAAGUUGAAGCAAACCUUGAUAUAUGUAAAUGCUGAAUCAUACUGUUCGUGUCAGGAUACAUUUUGGGUGGAGUCAUUCAAUCAUCAUCUACUCACUUAUCUCCCCAAAAGGAUUCAUUUCGGUACUACAACCUUCAGAAUGAGAAUGAAUAUCGCAGUUAUGGAUUGGAAUGAAAAUGUUGAAAGACCACACACGAGUGAACGGUAUAUCUUUGACAUUUGAAGACCAGAUAGGCGUACACCGUUCAAAGCAUUAGUUGAGAAGACAUACCAGUUUGCUGAUAAUGUGUGGAAGGUAUAUUUGCAGAAAAAUCAAGUAGACAUAAGGCCUAAUGAACCAGUUGAAGAGGUUUCAAUAUGUGAAGUUCUUGAUGAUGAAGAUGAUGAAGACAUUUUUCUGGAUGGUGAUGAGGUAGAUGAGGUAGAUGAUGAACAGGAAGACUAUUGAAGUGUGCUUGCCACUUUUAUUGAUGUCAUUGUUUGUUGCUGCAUUUUGUAAAUUUUAAAGUGUUGAGGUGAUGGUUGUGAGGCCCAACAGUUAUAAAAGCUUGGACGUAUUUAUGAAGAGGGAUUACAUGUAUAAUGGAAAAAGCUAAGUUACUAACAUA